GUUGCGGAUGCACCCUAAUAUAAACAAUCAGACGAUUCUACUUGCCCAAAGAUUCGAAAGAAGACACAAAUGCGAAUCGAUAUGUUUUUUUUUAUUGAUGACUCAUAAGGACAGAAGAAACGUAUGAUGAAUAAAACAAUGAUCAUGCAGGUAAUGGACACGCAGUCAUGGCCCCAGAUAUUUCCAUAACGCACACUGGUCAACUGGUCUGGCAAAAUGGGUAUACAUAUUUUAUUAUUAGUAUAUUAGUACAGUGACAGUACAAGUGGCAUACUGCCCUAAUUAUUUACGAUGUUACACUAUGUAUAAUUUGUACAAUUGAUGCCUGAUGGCUUAUGUGGGUUUGUCUUCUGCCCAUCUGGUAUGACAACUUAUUUUUUUCCUCUGGUUGUCUGUUUUGCAUUUAUUGGCCUGCCGUGGGCAAAAAGGUGUUACCUUCAAUAUUAUGUAUGCGGCCGGAUAGAAAGAGCAAUGAAGUACGUUACUGUGUAGGUGAGCUCUGACCGGCUCGUUGAUCAUAAUGCCACGACGGGAAUGGUUGCCCAUGACUUAUAAGAAAUUGUCUGCGCAUUAUUUGUUUCCUACUUUUUCCAGGCGAUCUACAUUGGUUCACUAACGUGCAUUUCAUCGAAAAGCCAAAUGUAAAAGGGUAUGAUCAGGUUGUGUGCGUGUGUGUUUGCCGGCUGGGAUAUAUUUUUGGCAAAUUUAGUUUUUUUAUAUCCUCUGGUCAAUGAGUCAUUUGUGUUGCAUGCCAGAGUGUAGCGGGUAUGAUUUUAUAUAAAUUACAAAGUGCUGUCGCUCCGAAAAUCGGCUAAACAGGUCGUUAAUCAUUAAGCUAAUCCAUCUAAUCGUUGAUAGAAUCCAUUAAACGUAUAUAUAUUUACAAAGUUCUUUUUUGUAAAUUGACGUUCAAACGCCCAACAUUUGGCAGGUCUACCUAUACAAGUUGGUAAACCAACUCCUUUAUGAAUGUGUUUCAAAAAAGUUAGACGUCGAAUACGAAUAGAGCGCGCUCUUAUCGGCAUGUGUAUGGUACUUUGUUUUAUAGACAUAUAUCACAUAUAUGUCCGAUGAAAUGAAAGUUUGACUUAAUUGCAAAAGUUGCAUAUUUAUUCCAAUAUCCACUUGUCAUAUUAAAUAACAUAUAACAUGUAUUAUCGUCUAAUGGCAGCUUUAGAUAUAAAUUGUAAUAAAUAUAAACACUACCAAAGUUUUGCAUAAAAACAUCUUCGUCGUUUGUAAUAGAUUAAUGGGGCCUAAAGAUGAGGCCGAGCCAAUAGACAGCGCCUGUACUACUGUACUGCAUUUCCCCACUGUUCAUUUGAAGCCAAGCCGACUUCAAAUAUAUGACGCCGGCAACAAUUUGUUAUCGGCUUGUAGCAUCAGCUUAGCAGCUGAUGUUUGUUUAUAUCUUCUAGAAACAAAAUUAAAUUAAAAAAUAAAUAUGUCCUGUCUGAUGGGACGUAUUUGUCGAACCUGUCUAUUGGAGUCACCCACAAUGCACAAGUUAUUGGAUGUGAAAGAUGAUAAAUUAAUAGAAGAUGUGCUAAAUAAGACAAUUCCUAACAAUAUGUUCUUCGAAAAUGAACAGGAGCUAUCAUUGCCAGUAGAAAUUUGUAGCGAUUGCUUGGAAAAAUUAUACAUUGCUUACGAUUUUCAACAAAUGUGUAUGGCCAAUAAUGAGAAGUUGCGAACUCUCAUAAAGCUUCAAGAGACGGAAGAUAUAUUAGUUCCAGAGACAGGCGGCGAAAGCGACCAAGAUAUCCUGCAAUAUGGCACGGAGGAACUGAAUGAUAAUUGUGAUAUGCAAUCUAUGAAAUCUGAGCUUGAAGAUGAAUUCUGCUCCAGCGAAGUUCAAAAUGCUUUUGAUAUAUUGGUGGAUUCAUCCAAGGAGGAUGUAGACAUUCUUGAAGAACAACAAAUCGACGAGGUUAAAAUAGAAAUUGAGGCCAUGGACAACCUGGAAAAUGAAUUUCUCGAAGCGGAAAAUAAAAUUGGGGACGAAACCAAUCAUGACGAGGAUGAAUAUUGGCCAAAUGAUUUGGAUAAUAACGGCAACGCUAAAGCCAUGGUGACAAAGAAUCGCAAAACGAAAUUAAACAGAAAAUAUGUCAAGCGCAUCUCCUCUAAAGCGACCAACAACAACAAAACCUGUCUCCAAUGCAAUAAGACUUUUAACAAGCGCGCUUUUCUAACACGCCACAUGUCUGUUCACAAUGAGGAAAAUACAUUUGUCUGCCAUAUAUGCGACUAUCGAUUUUCUACGGAAAAACUAUUAAAAGUUCAUAUUUCUUAUAAGCACAACCGCGGUGUAGCCAUAAGUUUAGCUGGUGGUCCCUAUCAGUGUCCCGAUUGCCCAAUGGUAUUUGAAGAAACUAGAGCUUUGUCCGCUCACAGAGUAAUGCAUUCGGAAAGGGAUUUUAAAUGUAAGGUAUGUGGUGUAAACCUAAAGACCCUAUCUGCGGUAACACGACAUAUGAACCAAAAGCAUCCUGGAGUUCUACCGUACAAAUGUGAAAUGUGUGAAAAGGCAUUUCCAGUAGAGACACACUACAACGACCAUUUAAAUAUGCACAAGGGCUACAAGAAACAUAAAUGUGAAAUGUGUGAUAAAAGUUUCCCCAACAGCACUGCCCUCAAAGACCAUAUGCGUUCCCACACUGGAGAGUCGCCCUACUUGUGUUCCCACUGCGGCAAAUCUUUUAAGACAUCGAAUAUACUACGUCAACAUUUACAAAGACACGGAGAGAAGAAUUUUCAAUGUCCCGAGUGCCCUAUGCGUUUCUAUGCCAAGGUCAAUCUUCAAAAGCACAUGUGUACUCAUUCCAAAGAGAAACCUUUCGUUUGUGAUAUUUGUGGUUCAUCCUUUACAAGAGGAGACUCCCUGAAAGCUCAUCGCUUUAAGCAUACUGGAGAGCGACCCUUCAAGUGCGAAGAGUGUAAUAUGAGUUUUGUUUUUAAACGCCAUUGGAUGAGGCAUAAGAUAACACAUACUGGAGAAAAACCUCAUAUGUGUACCUACUGUGACAGGAGUUAUGCAGCCAGCGGAGAUUUAGUCAAACAUUUGAGAACGCAUUUGGGGGAAAAUACAUACUUUUGUGAUGAGUGUCCUCUUACCUUUAAAUAUCAACACGAUUUGAGAGAUCAUAAAAAUCAGCAUUACAAAGAGAAAGCUGUCAAUUUAGAGACUGUGGAUAAAGAUGUGUCCUAGUAUGGCCAAUUUUCCAUAUACAUGUAUAUAAAUAACAUUUGUAAUAUUUUUAUUUUAUUUCCAAAUUAUGUAAUUCAGUGAUAAUAUAUGUGUAUAUCUAUUUA